AUGCCAUACGCACAAAGUCAUUACCCCUUUGAAAACAAAGAAAAGUUCGAGACUUCCUUCCCCGCGGACUUUAUUGCCGAAGGACUUGACCAAACUCGCGGAUGGUUUUAUACUUUGAUGGUGUUAUCUACACACCUUUUUGAUAAGCCAGCAUUUAAGAAUUUAAUCGUUAACGGUUUAGUAUUGGCCUCGGAUGGAAAAAAGAUGAGUAAACGUCUAAAGAACUAUCCCGAACCGAUGUCUAUUAUCAACACAUACGGUGCGGAUGCCUUGAGGUUGUAUCUUAUUAAUUCUCCGGUUGUUCGCGCUGAACCGCUGAGGUUUAAGGAAGAUGGUGUUAAGGAAGUUAUAUCAAAGGUUUUUUUGCCUUGGUAUAACGCAUAUCGUUUCUUUGCGUCUCAAGUGAUUCUUCUCAAGAAGGAAACCGAAAUAGAAUUUAAAUAUAACCCUAAUGCAAAAAAAUCAUCCAAUGUCAUGGACAGGUGGAUACUGGCCUGUACUCAAAGUCUUAUUAAAUUUAUGCGCGGUGAAAUGGAAGCCUAUCGACUCUACACUGUUGUUCCAAGGCUAUUAGGUCUUAUAGAGCAAUUGACCAAUUGGUAUGUUAGAUUCAACCGUAAACGUUUGAAAGGUGAAAACGGCCCAGAAGAUACCAUGUGUGCUUUGAAUACACUUUUUGAAGUUCUUUAUACCCUGUGCCGCGCUAUG